AUGCCUAGUAUCGUGAUUGCCGUGCACGAGUACACAUGCGGGUGUACGAAACGCCAAGUCCAUGGCUACGACCCUUUCGAUCUCCUCCGCAAGUACGCCGACGAUUUGGGUUUCGUGCGCCAUCAUCGCUUCCUCUGGGAUGCGCACACUGACUCUGACCAACAGACAUUUGGCCAAAACCUCUUCUGGCAAGCAUCGGGGAGGCAAGGUACGUGCCCGGACUGCUACUGGUUUGCUGACUUUGAGAAUUUAAGACUCGACGACGACGCAGCGGCACCACAGAAGACGAGAAGACCCACACAGAGCAGCAGCGAGUCACCAGCUUGGGACAUGAUAGAAGCCCAGGUCGAAAACUGCGAGGAGCAGAGUCUACACCGGUCCAUGUUUGCCCGCAAGUCAGAGCAGCAAAUUGCCGAAAUCAACAAAUUCGUGACGCACAAGCUCGUGAAGUACCUCUACUGGGACGAGCCGCAACAAGCUGCCGGCAAUAUGAUCUUUCAUCUCCUGAGAAGCAUCGAAUCACUCCCAACUUAUUUGGAUCGAAAUCUCUUCAUAGCCAUUGUGGCUCAACGAUGUGGUUCAGUCUGUCAUAUCUUGGUACGCGAUAUGGCAACGUACAUUGCGACCUACCUCGGCUUCGGUACAGUCUUUUGGCCACAUCUCCGAAGUGCUUACGAUGCACGAAGGCAUAGAGUAGUUGAAGAUAUCUCUGCUGACGUGCAGCUCAAACUGGAGGAAGCUGAGGAGCGGAUGAAAAUCGUCCAAUGGCAGCUUGACGUGGCUGAAAAGCUGAGCGACCAGAAUGCAGAGGUGUAA